AUGGCCGAUCCACUUAGCAUUACCGCUAGUGCCGUAGGUAUUAUUGUGCCAGCUUUACACGGCACACGACUACUUCUAGAAGAUCUGCAGCAGCUCAAAGAUGCACCUAAAACCGUCAAGCGCCUUGUGGAAGAUGUGGAAUCUGUCAGCUCGGCACUCAAAUUACUCCAAAGUGUAAAUGAUAGAGACUGGGACUUACUUGGCGCUAGCAUAGCUGAGCACUUCGAGUCGACCAUUAGCAGCUGCACACGAGCAUGCAAUAUCUUUAGAGCCGACCUCCAGCGAUGGACAAGACACUCAAAUAAUAGAAAAUUAGCAUGGCAGGAUCAAGCAAAUGUGGGAUUUUUGAAGAAAGGGCAAAUAAAGGCUAUGUCAGACCAACUUGCAAACUGCAAGCUCACUAUUAAUUCCGUCGGCUAUAUCACGGAAGAUAUUAUGAAGAUGAUAUCUACAAAGCAGACUGAGGUUAAGGGUGCCAUUACUACUACAGAUCGACAGGUGGUAGUGUUAGAGAACAAGCUGGAAGAGCUGAACCUCAGCAGCGAUGAUGAUGAAGCGACUGGAUCCAGGGAAGGUAAAACUGAGGAAUUACGACAACUCGAAGAAGAACUCAAGGGGGUGAAAGCGUCGCAGAAGCUACUAAAUGAGCUACUGUCUAAGUCGCAGGAAGAAGCUGUUGCGAGAGCCGCGGGGAACCAGAGCGGUUCAAUUACGGUGACGUUCAGUGCUCAGAACUCGGGCUUUCAAGUUGGGAACAUCAAUGGCGGAAUUAGUGGACUCACUUUUGGCGGAAAGUGA